UACUGUUAAUGAUCUUCAAACAACUAUAUAUUCAUUCAUGUUCCAGUUAUCAUUUGAUCGGAUGCUCUAUUCAUGGAUUCCGAAGGUGGGCAAAAUUUGCUGCAAAGUUCCUGCUUCAUGGGGCUGCAUGAUAAUAAUAAUAACAACAGCAAAAGUGCAAAACAUGAAGGUCGUUGGAUGAUUAUGAGUAAAGAUGUUGAAGUUGAUCAUGAAGAUGACUAUACUAACAUCUCAUUAUCUUCUUCUUCUUCGUCUUCAUCACUUGGAGAUUCCAAUGGAUCAACAUCUUCUUCUUCAGAGUUGGUUGAUGAUGCUUCUUCUUCAACAUCUUUGUUUGAAUUCUCAGACCUCAUGGCUCAACUCCCCAUCAAGAGAGGGCUUUCUAAUUUUUUCCGAGGGAAGUCUCAGUCUUUCACAUCUCUGUCAAGAUUGAAGAGCAUAGAAGACUUGGCAAAGAAAGAAAGUCCAUACAGAAAGAAAAUGAAGGCAUGUAAAAGUUAUGGGGGUGGAUUGGAUGGUUACAAAUCAUAUACUCUUGAACCAAAGGCCACCAUAUCAAAGAAGUCUUCAAGAAGUUCUUUUUCUUCAUCUUUUCCUGGUAAACGAAGCACUUUUCUAGCUAGCGGUAGGCCUCCUCCAGCUCCUGUACAGAAGAACUUCAGGUUGUUUUGAUCUGUAAACUUAUCAAACUAAUCCCACUUGAAUGAUUUGAGAGCAA